AUCACCACUUCCUCCUGUGUCUACAGACAUAUCGCGACACCAUGACUCGUGGUAAUCAGCGGGAAACGGACCGCCUCAAGGCUCAGAAGAGGGCUGCUGCCAACGCGAAGAAGCCAAAGGAGAGUGCGACCAGUCUUCAACAGCGCAAAGAGAAAGAUGCGGAGGCCUUGAGGCAGAAGCAGCUGAAAAAGGAGCAAGAAAAGGCUGCUGCUACUUCUGCGGCCGGAGGUGGAGGGGGGAAGAAAUAACAUCUAUAGCGGGAGGGUUCCCAUCUUCCUCUCUCUGACAUCGUCACCUUACUCUAACUAAAUUUCUAUUGUGGUUUGUAUACCAGCAUCUCCUUUGUCUAUCUCAUCGGGCAUCAAGCCAGUCUUGCAAUGUU